GAUCCGGAAAAGCAGUUGUCUCUUGCUCGGCGCUGGUCUGGGGUCCUCUCGUCAACUCCUGCAACUUCAGGACCAUUCAGAUGUCUCUGCAACGUCUUCUGUCACCCUGUGAGCUGCAGGUACUCGUAGGUCUGUGGGGACGACACCCGGACAUCCCGGAAGCUGGGAAAUGGAACUGUUGACAUUCAAGGAUGUGUCUAUAGAGUUCUCUAUGGAUGAGUGGGCCUGCCUGGACACUACUCAGCAGACUUUGUAUCGGGACGUCAUGUUGGAGAACUAUAGACACCUGGUCUUCCUAGGUCUUACUCUCUCUAAGCCCAACCUCAUCACCUGUCUGGAGCAAAGCAAAGAACCCUGGAAGGUGAAACCCCCAGCCAUAUCUAAUCAUCCUGAGCAAGACCAUUUGCAAGAUCUGGACACAAAUAUUUUAUUCCCAGAUAUAAUCCUGAGGAGAUAUCAAAGCUGUGCCCCAGACAAUUUAAACUUAACAAAAGACUGGGCAAGUGUGUCUGAGUGUAAGCAGCAGAAAGUAUGUGACAGUGGACGUGACCAAUGUUUAAUGUCUACCCAUACCAAAAUCUUCCAAUGUUGUAAAUGUUUGAAAGCCUUCACACAAUUGUCAAAUCUAAGUAGACAUAAGACGAUAUAUAGCAUAGAGAAAACGCUUCACUGUAUAAAGUAUGGGAAAGCCUCUAACCCAUGCUCACAUGUUACUAAACAUGAGAUAACUCAUAUUGGAGGAAAACGGUACAAAUGUAAAGAAGGUAGCAAAGUCUUCAGAUCUUGCUCAAGCCUGUCUAAGCAUAAGAGACAUCAUACUGGAGAGAAACUGUAUAAGAGUGAAAAUGAGGGCAAAUAUCUUAGCUGCAGAUCAAAAUAUCGUAACCCUAAGAGUAUUGAUAGUGGAGUAAAACCCUACAACUAUGAAGACUGUGACAAACUUACCAAGCAAUACAUACACCUUUCUAGACAUAAAAGAAUUCAGUCUGGAGAGAAUCCCUGCAAAUGUCAAGAAUGUGGAAAAGGCUUUAACAGUUCUUUAACCCCUUCUGGAUAUCAAAGAAUUCAUUCUGGAGAGAAACAUUACAAAUGUCAAGAAUGUGGCAAAGCCUUUAACUGGCACUCACAGCUUUCUAGACAUCAAAGAAUUCAUUCUGGAGAGAAACCCUACAAGUGUCAACAAUGUGUGAAAGCAUUUAACCGGUACUCAAACCUUUCUAGACAUCAAAGAAUUCAUUCUGGAGAGAAACCCUAUAAAUGUCAACAAUGUGGCAAAGCCUUUAGGUGGUACUCAACCCUGUCUGUACAUGAAAGAAUUCAUUCUGGAAAGAAACUCUUCAAAUGUCAAGAAUGUGGCAAAGCCUUUUACCGUAACUCAGACCUUUUUGUGCAUCAAAGAAUUCAUUCUGGAGAGAAACCCUACAAAUGUCAAGAAUGUGGCAAAGCCUUUAAUCAGAAUUCAGCCCUUACUAAACAUCAAAGAAUUCAUUCUGGAGAGAAACCCUAUAAAUGUCAACAAUGUGGCAAAGCCUUUAAUCAGAAUUCAGCCCUUACUAAACAUCAAAGAAUUCAUUCUGGAGAGAAACCCUAUAAAUGUCAACAAUGUGGCAAAGCCUUUAGGUGGUACUCAACCCUGUCUGUACAUCAAAGAAUUCAUUCUGGAAAGAAACCCUACAAAUGUCAAGAAUGUGGCAAAGCCUUUAACCGGUACUCAUACCUUUCUAGACAUCAAAGAAUUCAUUCUGGAGAGAAACCCUUCAAAUGUCAAGAAUGUGGCAAAGCCUUUCACCAUAACUCAGACCUUUCUGUACAUCAAAGAAUUCAUUCUGGAGAGAAAGCCUACAAAUGUCAAGAAUGUGGCAAAGCCUUUAACUGGCACUCAAACCUUUCUAGACAUCAAAGAAUUCAUUCUGGAAACAAACCCUUCAAAUGUCAAUAAUGUGGCA